AUGCUCCUGGGCCAAGGCAGGAACCAGAACGAAGCCGAACAGAGGAGGGGGCAGGAAUUUCAGGAGAUUCGAGUUCAGACCCGAAUCAGGGAAAUCGAGCCAAUCGGGAGAAUUGGGCUUCGAAGGGGGAUUGCUGAAUCACGUAACCGGAAGCAGCGAUGUAUUGGGCGGGGCCAAGCGGAGCCGCUUCAGGGAACCAGGCUGAAGGGACAGGAAAUUCCACCAUUCCGUGUUGGACUCGGGGAAUGGCGCGUUACGGGACUGGGUGAGGAAGACCCGGCCGGGUAUUCGGAACCUGAAACCUCCCCGGAGCCGCAGUCUCCGCGGGGCGGCCUGGGAAAGUCACCAGUCAGCAGCGCAGUGGCGGGAACCGCAGCCCGGCGGCCCUGGAACCUCCCAGUCGCUGCCCAGGGUCGGGACCCGAAACCUCCCCGGAGCCGCAGUCUCCGCGCGGGGCGGCCUGGGAAAGUCACCAGUCAGCAGCGCAGUGGCGGGAACCGCAGCCCGGCGGCCCUGGAACCUCCCAGGUCAGAGGAGCUGCGGGGCUGGGACACGGGAGGGGAGGGACCGGGGCGUGCUCGCCGAGGCUGCUCAGGACACUGUCAGCUCCCACCGCCGGUGAUGGAGUCGGUGGCAGUGGAAGUGGGUUUGUUGACAUUCAGUGCUGUGACUGUGUACUUCUUGUGGGAGGAAUGGGAAUGCUUCGACCUUGCUGAUGGGGCUUUUUGCAGAGAUCUGUUGGAGAAUUACAGCAGUCUGGAUUCUGAGGGUCUCACAUUGCUCGGUCUGUCCUGCCCCCCCAUGAAGCAGAACAAAGAGCCACAGAUGAUGAAGAAAGGGGAGAUGUUAGCAAAGGAUCUAGCAAGAAUUCCAGAUUUUGGUCAAGAAAUAGAAACUCAGAGAAGAACAACAAGAACAAUGAAUGCUUCUCUGGGAAAUACUCCCAAGUGUCUGUUAACAUUCAGGGAUGUGGCUGUGGAUCUCUCCAAGGAGGAAUGGGAAUGUCUAGAUUGUGCUCAGAGGGCAUUGUACAUGGAUGUAAUGUUGGAGAAUUACAACAAUCUAGUCUUUGUAGGUCAAAAUCAAAGAGUCCAGAAAGAACACAAAAAUACAGAGCUUGAUAAAUCUUUUGACUGUCAACAUAAACUCACACUGAAAGGAACCAAUAGUGGAAAGAAAGCAUACCAAAGCAGGAAAGGUAGAAACUGUUUCAAGACAGACUCAAGCCUUAAGAGACAUCACAGAACUCAUACUAGACAGAAACCCUAUAAAUGUGCAAAAUGUAGUAAAUCCUUUACACGUUUGUCACAACUCAAACUACAUUGCAAAUUCCAUUGUGGAGAAAAAUCUUACACAUGUACAGACUGUUCUAAGUUCUUUUACCAGACUUCAGAAUUUAAAAGACAUUUGCAUCAGAAAAUUUGUGCAUCUGGUGAAUAUGAUAAAUUCUUUACCCAGAAAAUGAAUCUUAGAACUCAUCAGAGAAAUCAUACCGGACAGAAACCUUAUAAAUGUAUUGAAUGUGAUAAAUCCUUUACCACUGCCUUGCAUCUUAGAACUCAUCAGAGAAUGCAUACAAGAGAGAAACCUCACAAAUGCAAUGAAUGUGAUAAGUCCUUUACUCGGAAAGACCGUCUUAGAAGACAUCAGAAAAUUCAUACAGGAGAAAAACCUUAUAAAUGCAAUGAAUGUGACAAAUCCUUUACCCUGAAAAGCAAUCUUAGAACUCAUCAGAGAAUUCAUUCAGAAGAGAAACCUUACAGAUGCAGUGAAUGUGAUGAAUCCUUUACUCGUAAAGACCAUCUUAGAACUCAUCAGAGAAUGCAUACAGGAGAGAAACCUUACAAAUGCAGUGAAUGUGAUAAAUCCUUUAUCAGUUGCACAGAACAUAGAAUACAUCAGAGAAUGCAUACAGGAGUGAAACUUUACAAAUGUAAUGAAUGCGAUAAAUCCUUUACCCAUAGAGGUCAUUUUAAUACUCAUCAGAGAAUUCAUACAGGAGAGAGACCUUACAAAUGUAUUGAAUGUGACAAAACUUUCAUCCGGAGAAUCCAUCUUACAUAUCAUCAGAGAAUUCAUACAGGAGAGAAACCAUACAAAUGCAAUGAAUGUGGUAAAUCUUUUAACGAGAGAGGCAGUCUUAAUAUUCAUCAGAGAAUGCAUACAGGAGCGAAACCUUACAAAUGUGUUGAAUGUGACAAGUCCUUUACCACUUCCUCACAUCUUAGAACUCAUCAGAGAAUUCAUACAGGAGAGAAGCCCUACAAAUGCAGUCAAUGUGACAAAUCCUUUACAAGUGGCACAGACCACAAAAGACAUGAGAGAAUUCAUACGGGACAAAAACCUUACAAAUGCAGUGAAUGUGAUAAAUCCUUUACACAUAGAAGCAGUCUUAGUAUACAUCAGAGAAUGCAUACAGGAGAGAAACCUUACAAAUGCAGUGAAUGUGAUAAAUCCUUUAUCAGUUGCACAGAACAUAGAAUACAUCAGAGAAUGCAUACAGGAGUGAAACUUUACAAAUGUAAUGAAUGCGAUAAAUCCUUUACCCAUAGAGGUAAUUUUAAUACUCAUCAGAAAAUUCAUACAGGAGAGAGACCUUACAAAUGUAUUGAAUGUGACAAAACUUUCAUCCGGAGAAUCCAUCUUACAUAUCAUCAGAGAAUUCAUACAGGAGAGAAACCAUACAAAUGCAAUGAAUGUGGUAAAUCUUUUAACGAGAGAGGCAGUCUUAAUAUUCAUCAGAGAAUGCAUACAGGAGCGAAACCUUACAAAUGUGUUGAAUGUGACAAGUCCUUUACCACUUCCUCACAUCUUAGAACUCAUCAGAGAAUUCAUACAGGAGAGAAGCCCUACAAAUGCAGUCAAUGUGACAAAUCCUUUACAAGUGGCACAGACCACAAAAGACAUGAGAGAAUUCAUACGGGACAAAAACCUUACAAAUGCAGUGAAUGUGAUAAAUCCUUUACACAUAGAAGCAGUCUUAGUAUACAUCAGAGAAUGCAUACAGGAGAGAAACCUUACAAAUGCAGUGAAUGUGACAAAUCCUUUAUCAAAAUAUUCAGUCUUACUACUCAUCAGAAAAUUCAUAGAGGAGACAAACCUUACAAAUGUAGUGAAUGUGACAAAUCCUUUACUCGGAAAGACCAUCUUAGAACUCAUCAGAGAAUGCAUACUGGAGAGAAACCUUACAAAUGCAGGGAAUGUGAUAAAUCCUUUACCCUGAAAAGCUAUUUUAGAAUUCAUCAGAGAAUUCAUACAGGAGAGAAACCUUACAAAUGCAGUGAAUGUGACAAAUCCUUUAUCAGGACAUUCAGUCUUAGUAUUCAUCAGAAAAUUCAUAGAGGAGACAAACCUUACAAAUGUAGUGAAUGUGACAAAUCCUUUGCUCGGAAAGACCAUCUUAGAACUCAUCAGAGAAUGCAUACAGGAGAGAAACCUUACAAAUGCAGGGAAUGUGAUAAAUCCUUUACCCACAUAGGCAGUUUCCAUACUCAUCAGAGAAUUCAUACAGGAGAGAAACCUUACAAGUGUAUUGAAUGUGAAAAAUCCUUUACAACUGCCUCACAUCUUAGAACUCAUCAGAGAAUUCAUACAGGAGAGAAACCUUACAAAUGCAGUGAAUGUGAGAAAUCCUUUGUCAGUUGCACAGAAUGCAGAAGACAUCAGAGAAUUCAUACCGGAAGAAACCUUACAAAUGCAAUGAAUGUGAUAAGUCCUUUACCACUGCCUCACAUCUUAGACAUCAUCAGAGAAUUCAUGCAGGAAGGAAACCUUAGAAAGGCAGUGAAGGUGACAAAUCCUUUAUGAAAACUACUGUAGAAUUCAUCUUAAAAGUUCAUGCAGAAGAUAAACCUUACAAUGCAGCAAAUGUGACAAAUCCUUAUCUAUAAAGGCAAACUUAGAACUCAUCAGAUAAUUCAUACAGGAGAGAAAUUUUCCAAAUGCCAUGAAUGUGAGUUCACCUCAAAAGCUAUCUUAGAACUUAUUAGAGAAAUCAUAUAGGAGAGAAACCUUAAAAUGCACUGAAUGUGACAAAUCCUUUAGCAAGAAAGGCCAUUUGAGACCUCAGUAGAUAAUCUAUACAAGAGAGAAACCUUAGCCAAUGUCGUGAAUGUGACAGAGCCUUCAUCAGUUGCUCAGACCAUAGAAAACAUCAGCAAAUCCAUACAGUAGAGAAACCCUACAUAUGAAUUGGAUGUGAAAAAUCUUUUACAUGUGUCCCCAUCUCUUAGAAAUUAGAAUGUUCAUACACAAGAGAAACCUUACCAAUGUAUUAAAUGCAAGAAAUCUGCCACAAAAUCAUCCUGGGAAUACACCAAAGUGUUUAUACAGGUGAGAAAGUUUACCAUGACUAUGUGAGAAAAAACCUUUACUGUCUCUCAAGUCUGUCAACAUAAAAUUAUGAAAGCUUUCAGUAACAUUCAAAUCUUAGAAUAUAUCCAGAAUUUAUACUGAGAGAAAUUCUAAAGAUGUUAAAGUGUAGGAAUAUUUUCAUUAGAACUUUUUAUACCUAUGCAACCUUAAAUGUUUCAAUAAUGAAGAUACAACACAGAAACCUGGAGAAUGUGCUGUUAAGUAACCGUUUCCUGGUGACUGCAGGCAUGUGUGUUGUAUAGGAACUGAGUCAGAAAACCUCAAAAGGUUUUCAAGCGAUCCCUGAAACUGACAGAUUUCAGUAUGCUUAAAUCAAAUGAAGAAAUUCAGAUCCUAGUCCUUGAAAAGGUUUUGACAAAAUGAUCCACCAAGAUAGGAUGCUUUUUAUCUAGUUGAUAUGCCUACAGGUGUGCAGUGUGCUCCCAUUGUUAUAUAUGUAUAUGCUGUAUCCCAUGCUGGUUUGGAGCUUCAUGAUAAAAACUGUCUUUGAGUCCCCUCUGCUCCAGUAAGCAACUACUUGACCCUAUUUCUCAAACUAACCCUAAUAAAGCUCUUGGGUUUAACAGG